AUGUCGGACAGAGAAGAUUCGGAAUCGGACGCACCUGAGGAAUUCACUGCAGAGCAGGGAAUACAACAAGAUGAGGAGAUAAGAAAAGUUCAAAAAGAAAGUAAAGCAAGAGUUGUUCGUGAGGCUAAAGAAAAGCGCAGACAAUUGGCGCAGAGGAAAACGCCAAAGCCAUCUAAAGUGAAUGAAAGCGUCCAAGAUGUGGUAGAAACUGAAAAUGAAACAGAAACAGAAACAGAGAAAGAGUAUCUGGGCACUGGGGGGAUGCUUCCAAGUGACAUAGUUCAACUGCUUGCAGAUCGGGAGAAAAAAGUUUUCUUGUCCGACUCUGAGGAUGAGAAGGCUGAAGAGAACCGGGUUCGAAAAAGGAAAAAGCCCAGAAGCUCAGGGAAGGAAACUGUUAUUUUGAAGGACAUGGCACCUCCUAGAUGCUUACAAAACUCACUGGAGUUCUUGAACAAAAAGAAAAUGCAGCUUCCAAGGUCAUCGUCUGUUUUGAACAACCCCAACCAAGCAUUUCGCCUCUUGACUACCUCUGGCUUGCUCAUAAACAAACUUGUCCUCGCGUACUCCAUAGCUGCUGUAUCAUCCGAGACCACCACCACCAUAACUGAUUUUUCACCAACAUGA